GCAGAAUUGCCGUGUUUAGUUACGCGUAAUUUUAUAAUUUAGAGGCAAAAUAUUUGUCCAGCAAUUGACCCGGAAAGUUUUAUAAGUGAUUCAUAGGAACAAAAUGGAAAAUAUAGCGAGAACUCACGAAGACAUCGAAGCGCACAUUCGAGAUCUUCAGACGAAAAAUCGCGAAAUCACAUCCGAGGCAGCAAAAGAUAAAGGAGUUGGGUUGACCGACCGCGGUUACUUCGAUACGGAUCUUUACAAUGAUGGAAACACGAACAGCAAGUACGACGGAUACGUCACAUCCAUCGCCCCGAACGACGACAUUGACGACGAGGAGGACGAGGGGCUACCGAUCGGACGGAAUAAUGGCGCCAUAGGGUUUACCGCCCCACAGGCGUUGCUCAAUGACAUUGCGGUACAGGCUGAGGACUACGACCCAUUUGCAGACCGCAGAAGACCCACGGUAGCAGAAAAGGAAGAUGAAUACCGCCAGAAGCGGCGACGCCUGGUCAUUUCGCCUGAGCGAGUCGAUCCGUUUGCAGAUGGUGGCAAAACUCCUGACGUUGGCAGCCGAUCCUACACGGAAAUUAUGCGCGAGCAGAUGGUGAAAGGCGAAGAAGAAGAGCUCCGUAAGAAAAUUCAAGAGAAAGCGAAAGACGGUACGCUUAAAAUCAGCUCAAAUGGAUCACUCAAGCAAGCAUCGCAACCGCAGCUUCCGAUGGCCGAGCCAAAAAGACGGGGGCGCUGGGAUCAGGCGGUGGAGGAACAUUUCAUUCCGCCCAAGAAACCCUCUGUACCGGCAACUCCGACAUGGGAUGCGGAGAAAACACCUGCCGACCAUCGCUGGGACGAGACGCCGGGACACAAGGGCAGUGAAACACCUGGCGCAACGCCAAACGUACGCAUCUGGGAUGCAACUCCGGCACAUGCGGGCGGUGCGGCUGCGACCCCGGGUCGAGAGACGCCGGCAGAGAAAUCGACCAGGCGCAACCGUUGGGACGAGACACCGAAAACGGAGCGCGAAACGCCCGGACACUCGUGGGCCGAAACGCCCCGCGCCGACCGAGUGAGCGGGGAGGGAGUGCUGCUAGAGGGCACCACACCCGCCUCCAAGCGCCGCUCGCGUUGGGAUGAGACGCCCUCGAAUGCGACACCCUCCGCCAUGACGCCCUCGGUGGCGAUGACACCGACACCGCACGGUGCGGCUGGCACGCCAGGGCACGCGACGCCACUCCUUACCCCCGGCGGCACCACUCCGAUCGGACAAAAGGCGAUGGCGAUGGCAACACCGACGCCCGGCCACCUCGCAGCGAUGACGCCCGAGCAGCUGCAGGCGUACCGCUGGGAGAAAGAAAUCGACGAGCGCAACCGGCCGUUCACCGACGAGGAGCUGGACGUAAUGUUCCCGCCGGGCUACAAAAUUUUGCCACCACCGGCCGGCUACAUUCCGAUCCGUACGCCGGCGCGCAAGCUGAUGGCUACACCGACGCCGCUUGCCGGCAGCGGACCGGCGGCAUUUUUCAUCCAGAGCGAGGACAAGUCGGCCAAGUUCGUGGACAACCAGCCGAAAGGCAACCUGCCGUUCAUGAAGCCGGAAGACGCGCAGUACUUCGAUAAGCUGCUGGUGGAGGUCGACGAGGAGUCGCUGACGCCCGAGGAGCAGAAGGAGCGCAAGAUCAUGAAGCUGCUGCUGAAGAUCAAGAACGGCACGCCGCCGAUGCGGAAGGCCGCACUGCGCCAGAUCACGGACAAGGCGCGGGAGUUUGGCGCCGGACCGCUGUUCAACCAGAUUCUACCGCUGCUGAUGAGUCCCACGCUGGAGGACCAGGAGCGCCACCUGCUGGUGAAAGUGAUCGAUCGCAUCCUGUACAAGCUGGACGACCUGGUGCGCCCGUACGUGCACAAGAUCCUGGUCGUGAUCGAGCCGCUGCUGAUCGACGAGGAUUACUACGCGCGUGUCGAGGGCCGCGAGAUCAUCUCCAACCUGGCGAAGGCGGCCGGUCUGGCGACGAUGAUCUCCACCAUGCGUCCCGAUAUCGACAACAUCGACGAGUACGUGCGCAACACGACGGCCCGCGCGUUUGCGGUGGUCGCCUCGGCCCUCGGCAUUCCCUCGCUGCUGCCCUUCCUGAAGGCGGUGUGCAAGAGCAAGAAGUCGUGGCAAGCGCGCCACACCGGUAUCAAGAUUGUGCAGCAGAUCGCCAUCCUGAUGGGUUGCGCCAUCCUGCCUCACCUGAAGUCGUUGGUCGAGAUUAUCGAGCACGGGCUGGUGGACGAGCAGCAGAAGGUGCGCACGAUCACGGCGCUGGCGUUGGCAGCGCUUGCCGAAGCAGCGACCCCGUACGGUAUCGAGUCGUUCGAUUCGGUGCUGAAGCCACUGUGGAAGGGUAUCCGUACGCACCGUGGUAAGGGUUUGGCGGCGUUCCUGAAGGCGAUCGGCUACCUGAUUCCCCUGAUGGACGCCGAGUACGCGAACUACUACACGCGUGAGGUGAUGCUUAUUCUGAUCCGCGAGUUCCAGUCGCCCGACGAGGAGAUGAAGAAGAUCGUGCUGAAGGUGGUGAAGCAGUGCUGCGCCACCGACGGUGUCGAGGCGCAGUACAUCAAGGAGGAGAUCCUGCCGCACUUCUUCAAGCACUUCUGGAACCACCGGAUGGCGCUCGAUCGCCGCAACUACCGCCAGCUGGUCGACACGACGGUGGAGAUCGCGAACAAGGUGGGCGCGUCCGAGAUCAUCAACCGGGUGGUGGACGACCUCAAGGACGAGAACGAGCAGUACCGCAAGAUGGUGAUGGAGACGAUCGAGAAGAUAAUGGCCAACCUCGGUGCGGCCGACGUCGACUCGCGCCUCGAGGAGCAGCUCAUCGAUGGCAUCCUGUACGCGUUCCAGGAGCAAACGACCGAGGACGUCGUCAUGCUGAACGGGUUCGGCACGAUCGUGAAUCAGCUGAGCAAGCGCGUCAAGCCGUACCUGCCACAGAUUUGCGGCACCAUCCUCUGGCGACUGAACAACAAGUCGGCGAAGGUGCGCCAGCAGGCGGCCGAUCUGAUAUCGCGCAUCGCCGUCGUGAUGAAGACGUGCCAGGAGGAGAAGCUGAUGGGCCAUCUGGGCGUGGUGCUGUACGAGUACCUCGGCGAGGAGUACCCGGAGGUGCUCGGUUCGAUCCUGGGCGCGCUCAAGGCCAUCGUGAACGUGAUCGGCAUGACGAAGAUGACACCACCGAUCAAGGAUCUGCUGCCGCGCCUCACACCCAUCCUGAAGAACCGGCACGAGAAGGUGCAGGAGAACUGCAUCGAUCUGGUGGGACGUAUCGCCGAUCGUGGGCCGGAGUACGUGUCCGCCCGCGAGUGGAUGCGCAUCUGCUUCGAGCUGCUCGAGCUGCUGAAGGCGCACAAGAAGGCGAUUCGGCGCGCGACCGUCAACACGUUCGGCUACAUCGCGAAAGCGAUCGGUCCGCACGACGUGCUCGCGACGCUGCUCAACAACCUGAAGGUGCAGGAGCGCCAGAAUCGCGUGUGCACCACCGUCGCGAUUGCCAUCGUCGCCGAAACCUGCCGCCCGUUUACCGUGCUGCCGGCGCUGAUGAACGAGUACCGCGUGCCGGAGCUGAACGUGCAGAACGGCGUGCUUAAGUCGCUCUCCUUCCUGUUCGAGUACAUCGGCGAGAUGGGCAAGGACUACAUCUACGCCGUGUGUCCCCUGCUCGAGGAUGCGCUGAUGGACCGCGAUCUGGUGCACCGGCAGACGGCCUGCGCCGCCAUCAAGCACAUGGCGCUCGGCGUGUACGGGUUCGGGUGCGAGGACGCCCUGAUCCACCUGCUCAACUACGUGUGGCCAAACAUCUUCGAAACGUCGCCCCAUCUGGUGCAGGCGUUCAUGGACGCGGUCGAGGGGCUGCGCGUCGCGCUCGGUCCCGUCAAGAUUCUGCAGUACACGCUCCAGGGGCUGUUCCAUCCGGCGCGCAAGGUGCGCGACGUCUACUGGAAGAUCUACAACUCGCUGUACAUUGGCGCGCAGGAUGCGCUCAUCGCUGGCUACCCCCGCAUCGCCAACGACCCAACCAACCAGUACAUACGCUACGAGCUCGAGUACAGUCUGUAAGCUUGCUGUCCAUUGCCGUGCGAGCUCUACCUGCCCAGAACGAACAGUUUAUCACCCUGUUUUGCAAGAUUUUUCUUUAGCAUUGCAAUGCACUUUUCAUCCUCUUUCACGCUCGACUUGAACUUUCCGAGCAAGCAUAAGUUUAACUGUAAAUUUAUGCACACGAGACUCAUACAAAAAAGAUUGGGAUUGCUUAUGAUAAAACUAUUUACCCAAGCGCUACGGUUUACUUCACAUACUCAAUUUGUUUCUACCAUUCCUAACAUUCAGUGAACCUUUUCUCAACACAUAAUGCACGUAGAGGAUGGUUAAAAUGGUAUUACCAAAAAAACCGUUGCUAACACAGAUAUCCAAACUGCAAAUCCUAGCGAUACUCGAUCGAUAGAUAGACUCGAUCAAAUGCUGCACUAAGCCAUUUGUUUUUAGUUUUUUCCAGCUCGUGGAUCAGCAGAUGAGUGCAGUGCGCUACAGAAUAGUUAGGAAGGUGGUAUUCUAGGAUUUUCCUAACACUCCCAACUUGCGCCAGCCGGUAGCGUAUAGAAAAAGGUAAAAGUUAAUUGCUAGUGGCAAGGCAAGAACUACUACGAUUAUCUCUUAGUAUAAUUAAGCAGUAGAUUGUAAGGUGUGAAUUCUUCAUAACAGAUACGCGAUAGAAAAGCUAGAAAAAAAAGUUGUCACAGGUCCGCCAGCAGGGCAGAGAGUUAUUAUUUAAGGUAGCCUACAUUUUUUUUUUCUAUAGGGCAUUUUGUUUGUUUUUGAUAUCACUUUAUUUUUUGUAGUGUUAUUAACACCUUGUUGUCGUCCGGAGUCAUUACGGAGUUUUGUUCGCUAGGCCGCGAAAGGAUAAGGUAAGAGAGAGAGAGAAGCUGCGGCAAGAAAACGAUGUAAAAAAAAUGGAAUCGCCCCGAUGAUAAGGUGUUCAAAGACCGUCUAUAUUCUGAAUUUUGCUAAGGUUUAAUUGUAUCCAUAUUAAGACUAAGCACGAGUGGUCACACAUCCUUAGUAUUUCCACUGGAUUUAAUGUUUGUAUGUGAUCAAAUAAAACACUUACUGCUACCGAUACGGAA